UCACUGUCAAUUCGAGAGCUGCGAAGAGUACGCUCGCGUCUAUUACGUGGUGUGUUUAUAGUGAAGAGUGGAUUUUGUGAUGAGAUUAUCGAAUAUUGUGAAGUGAAAGAUAGUGUUGUUUUGUUGAGGAGUGAAACUCAUGUGGUCUAAACAUUAUCUAACGUGUAUUAGAAGUGAUUAAUAAAAAUGUCUAAAGCACCGUUGAGUGCAAAAUUGUUUUUUGCCACGUAGUGACGCGAACGGGUAAUGAUUCCUAAUGUGGAGUUCGAAGCAAGAUGGUUAGAGAGACUCGGCAUCUGUGGGUUGGCAAUUUACCCGAUAACAUUCGCGAGGAUCGAAUAAGGGAGCACUUCAAACGCUAUGGCCGAGUCCAGAAUGUCAAGUUGUUGGGUCGCACAGAGAACGCGACCACGGGACCUAACGGGGUCGCUGUUAGUGGUGUGUGUGCCACAGUUGCCUUCAUGGAUAUCAAGUCGGCGUCGAAGGCACAUAACGCGGAGCACGUGCUGGACGAACGUACUCUCACCACCGAGUACUACGAGCCGGCCGCGAUACCGUCGGCGGCAGGAGCGCCGUCGGCCGGCUCGUCACCAGCAGGUUCUGGCUAUUCGGGAUCUUCGUCCUCCGUGAACUCUGCCACCGUGCCCGCGCCCAACCCUGCCACCGUUUCGCGCUACCACCUCUCAGGCGGGGAGGAGGGUGCGGGUACGUGCGCGCUGGCGGCGACGGCGGCUGCGCCCGCCAACUGGCGCGGCACCAACGACAGCGCCUCCGAGUACUGCCGCCGCGGGAACACGCCCGCCGCCUAUGGCCGCUACCAGCGGAACAACUCCAACGCGCCCUACUCCACGCCGCCUUCUAAUGUGGAAAGGACGACGCCUCACCACCGCUGGUACGGCAGCGGCGAGCGCAGCGAGCGGGCGGAGCGCGGCGCGGGCGGGUGCUCGACGCCGAGCACGCCGGGCGGCGGCACGGAGGCGGGCGCGGCGCCGCGGCGGCGCAGGCGCUCCGGCUCGGGCUCGUCGCGCUCCGACUCCAGCUCGGCCGAGCCCAGCGACGCCAGCCGCGCCAGCACGCCCGCCGCCGCGCCGCCGCACCCGCCGCCCCUGCCGCACGCCGCGCGCACGCCGCCCACCAACCACCAUCAGUGGUCGUCGACGACGAGCGGCAGGCCGUUGGCCAUCUGCGUUCGGAACCUUCCGACUCGAUCCACUGAUAGCUCCCUCAAAGAUGGCCUCUAUCACGAGUACAAGAAGCACGGGAAGGUGGUGUGGGUCAAGGUAGUCGGGCAGAACGCCGACCGGUACGCGGUGGUCCGUUUCAAGAAGCCGUCCGACGUAGAAAAGGCACUUGAAGUGUCGCAAGAUAAACUUUUUUUUGGAUGCAAGAUCUCAGUGGCACCUCACCAAAGUUGUGAUGAAGAUGCGGAAUCAGCCAAACCUUACGAGACUGAUAUCGAUGAGUACCAUCCAAAGGCUACUAGAACGUUAUUCAUCGGCAACCUAGAGAAAGAUGUGACGCAACAACAGCUAAGGGAGAAGUUCAAGCAUUUCGGAAGAAUAAUCGAGAUAGACAUCAAGAAGGGGAGCGGUGGAGGUUCAGGAUACGCGUUUUGCCAGUACGCUUCGAUAUCGAGCGUGGUGGAAGCCAUCCGGGCGAUGGACGGCGAGUACGUCGGCGGGUCGCGCGUCAAGCUCGGCUUCGGGAAGCCUGUAGCCACCACCUGCGUCUGGGUCGACGGCCUCACCGAACACACCGAGAAACAGGUGCUGAGCUGCAUCUCGCGGUGCGGCGCGGCGACGUCGGUGUGCGUGGACCGCGCGGCGGGCGCGGCGCUGAUCCACUUCGAGCAGGCGGGCGCGGCCGGCGCCGCCGUGCGCGAGCUGCGCCGCGUGGCCGCGCACGCCUCCGCCAACGACCCCGAGCGCCCGCGCCUCGCCGUCGACUACGCCAGCCGCGAGUGCCAGGAUGCCUUCUAUGAACAACUAGAGAAACACGGAGGCUCGGCGGCAUUGAGCGGCUCGGAGAGGUUGACUGGAGAAAUUACCCCACGUUACAUCCCGUCUACUAGGCACGAUACGAUUAGGUUUGACAGUUGUAGUUCACGGUCGAGAGCUUCCAGUUACGGUCGAGGUUCGUCACGAACACCCAGAUAUUCUUCACUUGAACAUUUCGAUCCAGCGGAUUAUGCGGCGGAGCGACGAUACAGGGUAUAUGAAGAAUUGGGUUCCAGUCCGCAAACCGAAGAAACACCUUACGAAGAUAGGCUCCAAUCUGUUGUGGUAUCACCGCAUCGCGCUCGACGACAUCGCCGCGAUUCGAGUCCCGAGGAUAGGAAGCAUUCAAAGGAACGCCACAGAGGCACGGCCGCGGCUCUGUUGCGAAGGUCCCGCUCGGGGUCGCGCGGCGCGACGGUGACGACGGGCGUGGAGCGGCACGGCUCGCGGCGGAGGCACCGGCGGCGGCGCGACGGGUCGGGCUCGCGUGGCUCCCGCGCCGGCACGCCGCUGCGGGACGAGCCCGACGCGCCUCCCAGCGAGCCCCGCCGCGCGCCGCCGCCGCGCCCGCCGUUGCCCAUGAGCCUGCCGUUGCCCAAGUUCGCCGCGCAACUGCUGCGAGCGGCACCCGCCGCGCCCCGCCCUGCCCCUGCGCCCGCGCCCGACUCGCCGCCGCGCCCGCCCUCCGCCUCUUCCUCCAGCGCCGGCUCCGCGCCGCACUCACCCUCGCUCGAAGAGCGCAUUCGGAGCCUCGACGAGAAGUACGAGAAGUGGAGCGGCUCUCGUGUCGCACCCGAGGCGCCGGACCGCACGCGCCUCCGGCACCGCCUGCUCGAGGUCGACAUCAACGAGGUGAAGCCGUCGGAGGUGGUGCGCUCCCUGCUCGCCAAGCGCUCCGUGUUCGACGAGGACUCGGAGCGGCUGGAGGGCGCGACGCGCGCGCCGAGCCCCGGAGGCAGCCCGCGGGCCCGUGCACCGGCCUGCGUGCCGCGUGCGCUGCGCUACCCCUUCCCGGCACACCCCUCCCCUGGCGCGCCGCACACGCCGCCCACGCCGCCGACGCCGCACACGCCGUCGUCGUCGCAGCCGCCUCCACCGCCGGAACCGGAUUCGGACGCGUCCGACCGUCCUUCGGAUCCUCGCCUUAACCGUCCGGAGAAGCCGUUCCAGCUCGAGAGGCUCGGCAAAUUCCACGAGAGUGACUACAGGCUGGAAUCGAGAAUUCGCCUUCGAACUCCCUCGACUGACAAACCGCAGAUGGAUGUGAACGAUCGAAGACAGUCUCCGAAGACGGAACGCGAGAAAUCUGAAUUCGACCGUGAUCCCAGAAGAGAGAACGAGAGGAGGAGAAGGGAUUCUUUUUACAGCGGGCGGGAGGGUGAGCGUAGACUGUCGUUGGACACAAGCGAAAAAGAUAUCAAAGAAGCCAUAGAAAAAAUUGACCCGGACUUUCAAAAGAGAGAAAGAAGAAGCUCACUAGCUCAAGAGAAGAUCCAUUGUGGAGAUAGUUCUCCUCAGUUUGGCAAUUCUAAUGAAAAGUCAUUCUCUUCGAUUAACAUCAGUAGCAGCAAGUCUGAAUUGAGCGACAUCAAGAAAGAAACAACGGAAAGCUCUCUUGGUAGUGGAAGUGAUGAAAAUGACAGUCGCAGUGAAGAUAUGCUAUCACUUCAAAGUGACAAAAAACCGGAGCCUGUGAAAGAGCAAUCUAUUGAAAAAGAACCCAGUUCCAGUGACGAAAGUUCUGUAAAAAGCGACAUCUCAAAACCGGAUCUACCGAAAGCUAAUGAUUUAUCUCAUUUUCACAUAGACAAUAAAUUAGAUCACACAUCUUUUCAUAAUAAGAGUGAUAGUGACAAUUGCAAAGAAAUUUUAAUUCAAAAUCACAUCAACAAGGAACUGCAUGAUUUUGAAGUUCAACACAUUCACUUGAACGCUAUUAAUUCAAUAAAGACCUGCAAAGAAGUUUCCGAACUAGGGCAAGAAUUGUUGAAAAGUCAUGAUAAAAAUGGAAAAGAAAGGUUUAACCAAAGUAUUAUCUUGGAAGCUUUUCAUAACACCAAAUUAGAAAAAGAAAACAUUGAAUUCGAUAAGGCUUGUGAUAAAGAAAGAUAUGGCAAUAAUGCAAUGUUUUUAACAGAAAAGAAGCCCGAAAUUGACAAAACUGCAGAAGAUCGUUCUAAACAUGACCGUGAAAAACUAAAACACGGUAAAGAUCGCUCAGAAAGACAUGACCAUGAUAGAGAUAAAUCAAAAAGCAACAAGACUGAGCGGUUAUUAGAGAAACUCGAAAAAGAGAAAAGACCGAGAGAUGAAAUCUGCGAUAAAAUCAAAAUUGAGAAGGAUUCUGACAAAAGUCAUAAAGAAAAAAGUGACAGGGAGGCAGACAAAAUUAAGCAUACUGAUGAAAAAUCGUCUCGUCAUGAACAUCACAGGAAAGACAAAAAUGAAAAGGACAAAAGGAAAGAUAACGAUGACAAGGACUCUUCAAAGGCAAAGAAAGAGGAUAAACAUAAACAUGAUAAAUCAAAGAAAGACGGAGAGUCUAAACGGGAAGGAAAAAACGAUUCCACCAAAAUUCGGAAGUCGUCUAGAGAUGAAUCGACCAAAGAUUUGUGUCGGAAAGAUUCUACAGACUCUACUACAUCAAGAGCAUCACACGAUUCAGUGAAACUCAAAGAUUUUGAUCAAGUCGAAAUAAAAGAAGAAAAAUCUAAGGUUAAUAAAUACUACAAUGACUUAUUUAUCAAACAAGAAACGGAAAAAGAUAUAUCGACAAAAGACCAUGUCAAACCAGAAGGCACUAUUAAAAUGACUGAAGGUGCUUUAAAAAUCAAAACAGAAAUCAAAGAAGAAAAAGAUCUUUCGGAUCAAGUUACGAAGAGUAAAACUAUAACUUCUUUGGACCACACACCGAAGUGCAAACCGGAAGUCUUAGAAAAACAAAGGCAUUAUUCCGUUGAUUCGCCAAACCUUGAAUGCAAAAGAAAAGAGCGCCUAAACUCAUCAUCCAGUUUGCCUUCUAAUAUUGGGCACAAAAGGAGAAUGUCGUCGCAAGAUAGUCUCGAUUCUUUCAAUGAAGAUCUUAAGAAAUGUAGAAAUGAACCAAAGAUUCCAGAACGUAGAGAUUCUAAAGACUCUCGCAACACAGACAGACACAAAACCACAAAGUUCAAUAAGGGUCAUUUUGCAAAAAUAAUUGAAAGUAAAACAAAAGACGAUAAGAAGAACCAGGUGAAACCACCUGAUGAUUUCCCAGUGUUGAAAGACGUAGAUUCGAAAGAUCAAAGAAAGUCGAAAAAGGGUGUUCAUGGGGAUACUGAGGAGCGUGGUAAUUCCAGUAACGAACAUCACCCAGAAGGUUUGCAAAACGAUUUGGAUUUCCUUGCCACGUUGGAGCUUCGUUCAAGUGAAGAAGAUGAAAGACAGAAAGCUCUUAGAAAAGAAAUGAAAGAAAAGAAACGCAUUCAACAAUUGCAACAAAUACAAGAAUUACAGAUGCAACAAGAUGCUUUACAGCAUGCAGAGCUUAUGGGAAAAUUAAAGGAUGACAAGAAAAACAAAAUGGAUGAUAAAAAGAAGGAAGCGGUUCGUGAAAAACGCAUGUCAACAGACCGUAAGAGCAGAGACGAAAAAAGUGACAACAGCAGACGUAAGAGUCGGAAACAGCUUCAGAGUACAGAUACUUCAGACUCGGAUGAGCCUAAGAAACACUCCAUUUUUGAUAUAGUAGACGAUGAACCGACUUAUAUAUCUAUGUAUGAUAAAGUCAAGGCAAGGUCAUGUAAAAAUAUGCAGAAGCAAGAAGAAGAAAAACGCCAAGAAAAGAUUAAAGCAAAAUUCAGUCAAUUGAAGCAAAGUCGCGCUAAACGAGAAGAAAAGAAAAGAUCCAGCUGGGACGAGGACAGCGACUCUGAUCCGGAUAGGAGCAAGCCACAGAAAAUAUCUAUGGAUAGUUCUUCUGAUGAUGAGCAGAUCGUGAUUCACAAUAAGAAACGAGAAAAGUCGCAUGGUUCGAGCCUUGACUAUGACAUGAAAUCUAAUGACUAUUACAACAUAACAAGCAACGAAGAAGAUUCACGCAAUAAAUUGUCACGAAAAAAUUCUAGGACUCGUAUUAUAUCUGAUACUUCUGAUGAUGACGGUUCCAAGAGAAGCAUAAGCAAGAGCCCUAACUUUAUCAACGAAAUUAGAAAGGAAUUUAUGUCUAAUUUCGACUCUUUGCAAAAGGGUAAAGAUGACGACGUUGCUUCUAAACUCGAUUCAUCAGAUAAGGUCAAGAAAAAUUCAUUAUUAAAUCUGUUUGGCAAAAGUGACAGUGAAGACAGUAAAACGAAAGCGAGUUCCGAAAAUAAUGACACUAAGCCAGGUUUCAUGAAAACUAUAUCUAACGAUUUUUCUUCGGAAAGUGAGUCGACAAUGCCGAAUCGAAUUCCCGGAGAAAUUCGUAAAAAACACAAAAAGAAGCAAAAGAAACAUAAACUGUCAAUAUCUGAUGACGAAUCAAAAGUCGAGAGUAGCGAUGCUGUGCCUCCAGAAGGCGAUUCAAAACAUAAAAAUUCUGAAAAGUUUCGUCGUCAUAGUAAUAAAAAAGAUAAACGAAAGGACAAAAUUCGAGACAGCAUCGAUUUGGAGGACAGUCGUGACGAUAAAAUUAGAAUGAAAAAGGAUAAAAAGUUCGGAAGUAAUAGUUUUGAUUCGCUUGUAGAACAGAGUAACAACAACAAAAAAGAAGGAAAAAUGGAGGACAUUUUUGGCCCGUUGUCGGAUGAAUCCGACAGAGAGUUAGAACAUCGGAAUAACAAGUCAGAGUUUGCGGCUCAUGACUACGAUUCCACAUUUAGCGAUCAGAUGCGUACAAAUAACGAGGACAGUAAAAUAAAAGAAAAGGAUGAGAACAGACGCAGGAGGGAUAAAAAACGAAAAGAGAGACGGCCAUUAAUCAAGGAUGAUGAUAAUAGUCUAGAUGUUGAUGCUGUCAGCAAGGCUAUAGAAGCACGACUUUUUGCUGAUAGCAUGAACGAUGAUGACAGUCGGUCAAAGAUAGAGACUCCUUCAGAAUCACUUUCAAAACCCCAGCUCUAUACCGAUAGCGACUUAAACAUUGAUUCUGCAAAAGAUAAGCUCGCCGAGAAAGUUAGAAGAGACAACAAAGAAAAAAAGAAGAAAAAGAAAAAGAAUAGAGAAGAACGACAAAACCGCAAAGACCAUCACCAAUCCAGUCAUAGUGACAGAUUUGAUUAUCUUUCAUGUGGGAGGAAUUCUGAAGAAAUGUCUCCUAAAACUAUGCUUUUAGAUAUUCCACUACCGACUGAAGCGCCGGCUAUAAACUUGUCUGAAAAGUCCGACGACAGCAAGUCACUCUCGGAAUCUCCUAGCUUGCCUCGUUUGACUGAUAGUCCUCCUGUACAGGGAAGCCAUAACCUCGAUGAUAAGCGAAAAGAUUCGGAUGCUUCAGAUCGUCACGGGAGUGAUCACGAUAUGGAUGUUGAAUACGUUACUGAAAGUACAAUAGAAGUAACUGACAUACCAAUGCCACCACCAAUUGUUGAUAACAUUAUUCAAGACCUCAGCGAAGUGCCACUGCCUUCAGAUCCAGUACCUAUUAAAUCUGAAAAUAUAAAAUCAGAAAAAUUCUUGACGUCAUUUGGUAGAGAUAUCGAUGUUAGCGAAGACGCUGUUCGAAGCAUUUCUAAUUCGGAGAAAGAGAUAAAAAUUGAACCCGUUGAUAAAAUUGAUGCUCAACCUGGAAAGGAUAAGAAAGUAGAAGAAAAACCUCGAGCUAUCAUUUCACAAGAAGAAACAGAGGAUGCUGUGGCUGCUCUUUUAGGAGAAAGUUUUGGAGGAAAGGAAAGCACCUUUCCUAAUUGUUACGAGGAAGUUGAAACUAGCACUACACAUGAAAUCGAAACUGAAAGUUCUACCAUAGAACCUGAAGUUAUUCCUGAAGAGGAUGCCGAAGAAAUGAGACAAGCUGUUCAAAAUUUAAAUGCAAGUGAAAUGGAGAUGAAACCUGAUACGCCUUUGUCAGAUAAUGACCUUCUGUUGAUUGAUACGGAUUCCGAAGCAGAAACAUCACAAGAUGCUAUUGAAAGGUUGCCUGUCAAUGUUAUAGCAACUAAUCAAUCACGCAAUGGCAACGCUGAGCAAAGUAAACCCGAAGCACCGUCUAAUAUUAUUACAAAACCUGUCACAUCCCAGGCUCCGACGAUUACAGAAACAACAGAACCCAUUGUGAAGACAAUUGAACCGGAAAUAAAAUCACCUCCACCAAAACGGGACAUUCUUCAGCAAGUAACAUCAACUGCAACUCCUGUUAUAACAUCCUGGACACUUUCAAACAACAAGAUAUUAGAGCCUCAUGUAGUAAAUGUGCAAUCUAAUCAACUUCAGAACAGAGAGACGAAUGAUAACAAACCUACGCACAUAACGGCUAAUAUUGUACAGAUAAAGGCACCUCAAAAUCAAACAAUUGCCACACCUUUAAGACCGAUUAUUGCACCAAACAGAGUGAGCGCUCCCUAUCAAGUAAUAAAUCAUAUGAUACGCCCUCAAGCUUCCAACAUGCAACCGCCUACAAUUAAAAUACCAGAACCGCACAUUAUAUACCAAAAACCGCCAAGUAUAGUCAUAUCGCCGAGAAUGGCCAGUGACCCACGCCAGCAAAGCCCGAAAACUAGUCCUCAAGGAGAAGGUAUGACGUCACCCAGAUUAACAAAUAUGAUUUUGAGUACUUCACCACAAAAUAUGAACUCUGUUGGAAUAGUGUCACCAAAUGCGAUACAACAAAGAUCUCCUGGACAAGUGACCGUCGUGCGCAUGCAACAACCACCCUUAAGCCCGAUCCAGUCUAUGCACAUUCCUCCAGGCACAAGGACUAUGGUAUCACCAAGUAGACCCAAUUCUGUGCUAGUGCAAACGCAAGGAGGUCCAAUACAUUUCAAUCGAUUACCUGUUACUCCAGUACUGGCACCCAUUUCUAAACAAAUCGGUGUUAACAACAUAGUUCAACAAAAUAAAACUAUUGCAGUUAGUGCCUCUCCAAUAAUACACCAGCAAAAAGUUAUAACAGGGGACUCUAGGAAACCUGAUCAGAGAAAUAUACCCGACAACUUAAAUGAAAAUUCAAAAAUUAUCUUGUCUCCUACUAGUCUGCAACACAGCACGAAUCCCACAGUAUUGGCACAAAACCGUCUCAUAUCAAUGCAAAACGUGCUACACAGCGGGAAUGCAAAUUCUCCGUUACAUUUGACCAAUAAAGUGUUGAUCAACAACAUGUCUCACUUGGGCGAGAAAAGAGAAAAUUUGAUUCCUAAAUCCGAGCAACACAAUCAUUUACCAUUUAACACGGCUCCGAUUAUACAUGUAGCAAAUGUGAAUCAUUCCACUCCUUCUAUAAUGCAGACAACUUCAAAACCUGUGGUGUGUACACUGCAAGAAGCAAGUACCAUCAGCAGAGGACAAAACACGAAUGUGAUACAUUCCUUGAACUCACAGAGGCUACUUACAACAGCUCCCAUAUCCAGCGUCAUUCAGUUAGAUGCAAGCAAGAGUUCACCGUCUGUGCUGUCAAUGGCGGCAAUAAGAUCACCGACGGUGCUUACCAAAUUAGAAUCGUCGACCUCGGUCGCAGUUACUACAACUAGCCUAACGAAUGUAGUAAUGACGCCAUUGUUAUUAAAAACCAGCAACACUCCUGGUACUAUCAGGUUAAGUACUAAAAGUGAAACUGAAAAGAUCGAUGCGACAGCUAAACUACAGAAUAGUAUCCCGCCACACGAUAACAAGUUUGAUGCCAUAGUUAAUUCUGCAAAAACGCCAGUCAGUUUAAUAUCCGACAAACAAAAAGACAUUUUAAUGACUUCGUCAGACAGCGUAGCAAAAUGUGAAACUGAUUUUGAAGAAUUGUUAAAAGACAAUACCAAUGAAAUAAAAGUAACUAAUGAUCCCGAAAAGAAACUCGAAGUGAAUGUAGGAAAAACAGUCACACUAAUUUCUGCUGCAACUCAAAGAAAAAAGAGCGUCGAAAUUUUCAAAGAAGAAUUGCCAUCUGUUAUAAAUCAAAUUCCGAAAGAAACAGUCAAAGAAAACAAAGAACUCGUUUCUAAUAAUAAAGUAGAUCAUGAAACAAAAGCAAUAAAAGACGAAAGCAUUAAUGUAAAACCAGAACCAGAAGUUGCAAAGAAGGAAGACAACUCUGCAACUAAUAAAGAAGUGACACCUGAUACUGUGUUUAAUAAAGUUGCAGCCGAGGAACAAAAACCGGCAGAAUUUAAAGACACUGAAAACGUAAACACCUUCUUCAAACUUACACCAAAACAGGGUGAUUCAAAUGAUAGCCAAUUAAAAGGCCUUGAUGAAAAUGAUUCUUGGAGUGCUAAAGAUGUUAAUAUAGAAUCAGUAAUUAAAAAAGUUGAUUCACUUUGCAACGAUAGUUUGGAAACCGACAAGAAAGAGGACGACAAUUUAGUGUCAUCAAAAGCUAAUGAAUCAGUACCAACUUCAGAACCUAUGGAUAUUUCACAUGAAGCAAGCAAAUCUUCGGAAGUUCAAUCGGAAAGUGAUAAUUUUAUGGAUGAUAGCCAUAGCGAAGAGUCAUCUUUAGAGAAAACAACACCUACGAGCAAACGCGGUGGUCGAGGCAUGAGAGGCAAAAAAAUUGAAAAGAAUCAAGACCGAGUACAAACGCGACAAAUCUCUAAGCCAGCCAGAGGAGCUACUUCAGCAAGACGAGGUAGAGGAAGAGCUAAAGUUGACAAAAAGAUAAAAAGUUUAGUCAAUCACACUGCUAAUAAUAUGCCCGGGGAUGUUUACGAUUUCCAUGAAGAUUCUGGUGAUGAAACAUCUACUUCACCCAACAAGAACGAAACUCGUCCGAGAUUGAUUUUGACUAUAAAAAGUCCUUUGUCCGGGCAGUCGAACGCUGUAGCAACGUCUACACUUAGUAUUACGCCCAAGGAACAACAGCUGAAAAACGCCGAAAAGGUGAAUAAAGAAGAGAAAGUUGAGGACUUUAUAUCUCCAUCGGCUAAUACUCGCAAAUCCAGAAGACUACAAGAAAAAGACGUGCAGCGUAGUACUGUCGACGAUGUUAUAGAGGACGUAGUGAAAGGAAACGCCGUUCAAACUAAAGUCGGUAAUAAAGAGCUAAAUAAGAAAAGACAGACUAGACAAACUGGCGCAAACAAAGUAAAUCCUGACAAAACUGCCGGUAACGAUACACGGAAAUCGCCCCGAGGCGUUAAGCGGACAAGGGAUAGAAGCUUGUCAGAUGCAUCGGUGGACAGCAGCGACGAGAAAGUUGUGAAGCGAGACGAGGCACCUAAAGAAAGCAAAGUGCCGAAGAUAGUGGAACCACCGCCCGUGUCUAAGCCCGAGCUGGAGUCUCCCCAGCCCGCGAAGAACACCGCGCCGGUCGUUUCCGUCGCAGCUCCGAGUAUUCCAACUCCAAGCAUUCCAACUCCCACACCUACCCCGAUUAUGAAACCACCGAAGAAAAUGAUAUCGGAGAUCAGCGCCAAGCUCGCGAGUGCGUUCGAAGCGGCCGCGGCCGCGCCUCCCGUGCGUCCACAGCCGCCCGUCGAGCGCUUGCCGCUCGAAGCCGAGAAGAGACCCAAUCCGAUUCGAGAACCGGUGACCGUCACACCCGUCGUCUCCGAUCAUCCGGCCGCCGCCACCGGGGACGUCCGAGGGAGCGUGCCGGCAGGUCGCAUCGCCGAGUCGGCAGUCGGCGGUGGCGAGGCGGCCGGAGUGCGGCGGCCGGAGGCGGCGGCUGGCGGCGUGGCGAGCGGCGCGGGCGACGCGCGCGGGCACUCGCCCGCGCUGCCGCACCGCCUGCCCGAGCGCGCCGCGCCGCUGCUGCUGCGCGCCGCCGCCGACGAGUACGGCGCGCGGCCGCGGGACCUGGCGUCGCUGCCGCCCGCGGCGGGCGCGGCGGGUGCGGUCGGUGCGGUGGGCGCGGUGGGCGCGGCGGGCGCGGCGCAUGCGGCGCGCGGCUACGCGGGCGCCGCCAGCCUGCCGCGCGGCGCGCACCAGCCCCCCGCGCACGCGCACUCGUUGCCGCCGCCCGCCGCGCCGCACGCGCUGCACCCGCAACACCCACAACACCCGCACGCCAAGCAGGUCGCAGUCGUCGGCCCGCACCAUCACCACCAAGUUCCCGGUUCUCGAGUUACCAUCACGAGUGUACCCACGAUCAGUCCUCAGGGUCAGAUGACUUUGGGCGACGGAAUGUAUCCACACUUUUCUCAUCAACAUUACCAGAUGUACCAGCAACACUUUCGAGCAACUCAGCACGAGAGUCGCGCUACACCAUCUCCUUAUACUCGGUCGCUGGAGGCGGAGGGCUGCGAGGCGCCCACGCCGCCGCUGGAGCUGCGGCGGCCGCCCUCGGCGCGCGUGCCGCGGCCCGCGCACUCGCCCGCGCCGGCGCCCGCGCCCGCGCCCGGCCCCGCCGACAGGCUCAUCAUGUAUGCAGCGGGCUGCGGGCGCUCGCCGCCGCCGGCGCACGGCACGUCGCGACUGCCGUCGGCGCUGCCGCCCACGGCCGCGCCCGGCCCGCCGCACGCCAGCCAGGUGCCGCGCGAGGCCGACUCGCUGCAGAUGCUGCUACGGCGGUACCCGGUGAUGUGGCAAGGGCUGCUGGCUCUCAAGAACGACAGCGCGGCGGUGCAGAUGCACUUCGUAGGCGGCAACCCGGGCGUGGCGGGCGACACGUUGCCGCGCCUCACGGACGGCUCCACGCCGCCGCUGCGCAUCGCACAGCGCAUGCGCCUCGAGCCGCAGCAGCUCGACCAGGUGCACCGCAAGAUGAAACUGGAGAACGAGCAUUGCAUGCUGCUGGCGCUGCCCUGCGGGCGCGACCACAUGGACGUGCUGCAGCAGUCCACCAACCUCACUGCAGGCUUCAUCACCUAUCUACAGCGCAAGCAGGCCGCCGGCAUCGUCAACGUGGCGCCGCCGGGACACCAUCAGGCCAUGUACACGGUGCAUAUCUUCCCGUCGUGCGACUUCGCCAACGAGAACCUGAACCGCAUCGCGCCCGACCUCAUGCACCGCGUGGCCGACAUCGCGCACCUGCUCAUCGUCAUCGCCACCGUGUGAGCCGCGGCUGCCGCCGCACUGGACUUUACACUCCUCACCCGGACACGACGCAUACACACCCUACUGUGACAACUCUAUACCCUAAAGUGAAACUAUAUCGCCGGUACGGACUCUUAGGUGAUUAUAAUAACGCAUUGUAAAUACGGCCAGGUUGUGAAAUUACCUUAUUUUUUUAAUUUCUACCUUAGCUAUCAGUCGACCUGGUAGAAUCACUUUUAUUCACGGCAGACGAUAAAUCGUUUGUAGGAAUUGAGACGGAUUACCUCUGCGAAACUGAACUGUCGUUGUAAUGACGUAACGUUAGUGUAUUAAUGUAGACGCGGCGCGGCGGCGCUCGCUGGGCUCGGCCGCGCCGCGCCGCGCGCUUGUAAACUCGUAUAAGUAGAUAAGGCCGCCGGUCACUUAUUUAAGUGCUAGAUGUAAGUUAUAGCUUAUUUGUAAAAUACUUUUGUUAUUGUCGACUGGGUUCGACGUUAUUCGGAGUUUAAAUUUAUAAAAAAGUAUGAUAAUAAAUGGCAAAGUCAGUUGAUAAAAAUAUAUUUAAUUUUGGGUUCCGAUUAGAUGUGUGGCAAUCUAUCGAGCAUUUUUUAUUGUUAGUGUAAAUUGUUAUUUUGUUUUAAGCGUCUAGGUCUAAAGUAAUUUAAAUUCUGUAAAUACGAUUCUAUCCGUACUAAAAUUCGCAUAGGACAUUACGGUAGGUAAUGGAAAACUCAUGACUACUGGGUCGAACGGUCGUUUAAUUGUAAAGAAAUAGUCGACGAUUAUGUAAAAUAGUAAGAGAUAAAUACACAUGGAAAAUAAUCUGUGAUUCUGACUUUUAAAUAUAGACUAUAGGUAGUCUUAUACGGAUCAUAAACAGUGUGUGAGCGGGCUGUGGCACGCGGAGUCGCGCGGCCCGCGGGGAGUGUCCGAGUGUCGCCAGCAUGAGUAUGAGUGAGUGAGCCCGGGCGGGGCGCUUGAAGCAAUAAAUCAUUAUCAUGCAUGUGCUUGUUACACCUAGGUAAACCACCGUUACAUUCGAUUACUUCCCUUUAUCUUUACUAUUAUUUGAUUAUGAGUAAUAUUUUGACUUCUUAGACUUUACACACUAACCCAGCGACCAGCAUUUUGCUUUUUGUGUUUUCAUGUAUUUCGAAGCUUGUAAUAGUACAAUAAUAUCAUCUCUAAUUUGAAGAAAAUUAUUUAGAGGGGAUAAUUGUAACUGUUAGAAGUUUUGAAAUUCAACAUAGGCGUAGCGUGACGACUGACUACUUGUAAUGUUUACAAGACACGGUCGUCGGCGCUGCCGCCUCGUAGAUAAAUCUUGUAUUUGAAUCCGGAGUGAACCACUGGUUUGGUCACGCCAAUGCAUGCUUGGAAGCGGCCCACUCAUACUCAUGACCCUCAUUGUCGCUGUUGCGCCUAUUCAGUUCACCCACCACAUCAUCACUUCUAAGUUCACUCGAAAGAGUUGCCUACACCGUUGAGUUAGACCGCUUUGUAAGUUUUUAUUUCCACUAAAUUGUAACAAGUAACAAUAUUGUACUUCUCAUAACGUGUAACUGUCUGCAGCCCUUAAUGCAAUGUGUUGCACCUGUUUGGUUCGCUACUUCACCGGCAUUUCGCAUAAAUAACAUGUUAGUUAAGUAAAGGUGCGACUGUGUUGUCGUACGUAAAAACAAAGUACAAAAUAUUUUAUGUAUUGUAAUUUUAUAUGUACGAUAAACUAGAAAAUAAUAGCACAGGUAAUAUUAUGUAUAUUCUUUUUAAGGUUUAAAGAUGUAGAAUGUGUAAAUUGUUUGUCAUGUUUCCGUCGCAAACAGUUCUCGACUUAGCUAGGAGGAACACUAACGAACUCGUCACUUCGUCCAUUAAUUUUAAAAUAUAAUUUUAUUAGCGAACAGAUGCCCAAUGAUGUAUGUACACACUAUAUUUAUUCUUAUUUGGAUUCCUUAUAAAGGAAAUGUAAAUAAAACUUCAUAAAAAUAGCGGUACAGUACAGUAUUUAGACUCGAUAUUGAAAAAUUUAUGAGAUAGGUAACAAAUGAGAAUUAAAAAGUAUUUAUUGUGGUAAUACCCGUAUUUACUCAUUUCCUGCUCAGUUUGUAACUGGGAUGCAGUUAUUUGCUCUGGUGUAGUGUCAUCCAAGUAUAUCAACUCGUACCGUGUCAGGCUCAGCUUCCUACAAUAAAUAGCUGCGUCCUUGAAAUAUAUUGCUAUUGAAAUGUCAAUUACUAAUAUGUAAUAUAUUUUUUUCAACAUUUAUUUCAAAAUCAUUUUUAAUGUUUUGUUUCCUCAAGGGUGUUAAGUCGUCACGCAGACUUCAGAUUUCUAACUUAUUUUAAAUUAAUGUGAGAAGUAUAAUAUAGUUUUUACUUAUAAGUUGAUUUCGACCCAAAUAUUGUUAAGAGGCGCAUGGCAGAGCCCACGUGGUGCCCGUUCCGACCGGCUCGGGGCGGGCGCGACGUCGGCUUGCGAGCGUGCGACUCGUGCCACGCGGCACGUGGCACGUGGAACGCGGCACGCGGCACGCUGUGGCCGCUCGUGACGCGGACGGCGACAGUGACGCGGGCGGCGGGUGGGGCGGCUCGGGCGCCUCCGGGGGCUGCUGUUGCUGGUGUGCGAGAUGAUAGAGUUUAAAUAUAUGUAAAAUUAACAUUUGAUCUCAAGUGUGCAGCAAAAGUGAUGAGGGUUAACUGUUGUAUAGCAACAGCUGCGUCCUGACGCGACUCGUAGCCAGCCAGCACCCGAUGUUGGUUUCGAUUAGAGAAAAGCGUAAGGAUAUAAAGAUAUUGUGAUCAUAAUUAUAUUAUAGUUUAACGUGCUAGGACAUAGAUGUAAUUGUAUAUUUUGUAAAUAUUGAAAAUAGUAUUGUAUCUUCCCUUUAUCCAACCCAGACUCCUGCGUGUUAUGUAAGUACCUCCUACCUACCAAUACUAUUAAAAAAAAUAUUACAUUAUA